AUGGCCUCGGUCUGGAUUACCACAUGGCCCUCUGGCCUUCACGGUCAGCCCGAAACCCGUGGUUUCCACUAUACGCCGAGUGGGAAGUCGAGUACACAUGUACCAUUCGAGUACUGGUCACUAGAUGAGCACACAGCCCGUCUAUCCCAUGGAUCUCUGAUCCGAUAUGGAAUCGAUGUACCAGGUGGCAAGCCUUUGUAUGAAGAGUUGGGAGAUGGAGAUGUUGACAAGCAUGAUGUGCGGGUUCUUUCUGGACGUGCUUUGAUUCUUCCACAGCCCAGCUUUUCACUGGCAGCAAAAGCCAAACAGCUCUUUGAUGACACUUCUCCCUCAACUCUGGACAAAUAUUCACCUGAAUCUCGGAGGAAGGAAUUGCUGGAUGGUAUCAAGACCCUGUUGUAUCUGUCAUCACCAUUGUCUGGAUUGACUGAUGGGCUCCUGACACUCUCCCAAGAAAGUCAUAUCAAGCCAGAAAGCAAGACAGUCGGUCCAGAGGGCGAACACACUAUCAUGAACAACUCGGCUCUCACACUCUUUGGUUCUCUUGCCAGAUUUAUCGAUCCUGUUCAUUGCCCGUUCAAGCCAGUCACCCAUGGCCAGUUUCGAUUCCGUAAAUUGGAUAUCAUCGAUCGUUUUGGCCAGGCAUUGGUUUCCAUUGAUCCCCAGCCUCGUAUUGAAGGACCUCCACCACUCUAUCCCAACAUCAGUCAUUUCUAUGAUCCACAGUUGGUUGAAGGCAAAGAGGAGCCCAACACUGUGAUAAAAAGCCCACCAUGGCACUGUGAAUUCCUACAGUUACCACCACAAAUCAACCAAGAUGCCCGUCUGAAUGCAUUGUUCGUUAUCCGCACUUCCGACGACCCUGGUCCUCCUACUAUUAAGGACCCGCUAUACUGGAGGCCCACGACAGAAUGGGAAAUGCCAAUUUGGGGGUGGAUUGUGGCUAAUUAUGCUGAUUAUGGAAUCCAGCUGCUUCUUCCCAAUGGAACCUUUUAUCGUGAGUAUCUGGAAGGAUUCUGGAAGAUGAUAACGGUUGCUCCGGACCGUCUACCUCCAGCCCCUACAGUGUACGCGCAGCAUCUCAAUUCGAUUGUCGGAAAGCCUCUGGCUCUUGUGAAUAUGGGCUGGUCUCUGGAAAUCCGGAAGAUCCUCAAACGCAAGUUAUACGAGUUCCAGGUGAAGUUAGGAGACAAGGAGCGUGAGUGCGACGGGCUGGUUGGCUACUUCGAUAUGGAACCAAAUCCCGAAUCAGGAAAAGAGCUCAUCAUUGACCAAAUCCACACUUAUUUUGCUCCGGACAAACCAGAGACUCCAAACGAUCCUCGACGUCGUCUCACAAUGGAAAGCUAUCCAUACUUUACUGUGUUCUGGGAUCAUCCAUUCCCCGAAAAACCCCCUUACUCCACUGCUAUCAGUCCAGACGAAUAUAACAGUCGACGCAAUAAGCAUAUGCAAGUCUAUGGGGCUAUUGUCGACCCAUUCACUGCUGUUCAUGCCUGCUCUUCAUUUCUACCAACACAAUCUCUGCAACUAGUCCCAUGGACCUGGCAAGGGGCAAUGAAUACAAUGACAAGCGUUCCUCCACUCGGGACCGCUUACCAUCACUGGAGAUGUGAAUAA